GCAGUGCAUUCCACACAUGUACACAGUCUUGUACAAUGUCUUUACGAACAAAUAUUGAGCAGCUUUUUACGGGUGUACAUUAAUAUAGAGAAGUAUACUCUGGUUACAAUUUGAGUGUUACAAAGAAUACUCAAUGGCAAACCACUCUGCUGGGACUUUCUUUCUUAUCUUCCCCUUGUUAGUCACUCUAUCCUGUUACAUGGCAUGCGCAGGAAACAUUAGCUUUGCUUUCCCUCCCCAAACAGAUAUCAACGUAGCUCUUGAUGCAUACUUUGAAGGGGACAAAAUACAACUCACCAGAAACGAAAUCGGUAGUGAUUUGAAAUGGAGCACAGGCUGGGCUACUUACAACAAACCAGUUCCUCUAUGGGACAACUCUUCUGGCUCUCUCGCAAAUUUUACAACCCAUUUUCAGUUCGUUAUCAGAAACUCCAGCCUCAAAUCAGCAGACGGACUCACUUUCUUCAUUGCGCCUUUCGACUCUAAACCACCCACAGAUGCUUGCGGUAAAUGGCUGGGCCUCUUUAACAACACAACAGAUGGCAAAGUUUCAAAUCAAGUAGUGGCCGUCGAGUUCGACACGUUCAAGAACAGCUUUGAUCCGGAUGAUAAUCAUGUGGGAAUAGACGUCAAUUCAGCUGCUUCAGUGGCGAACGUUUCGCUCAGCUCUGAAGGUGAAUUCCCGAACAAUACCCUCCAAAAUUGGAAAUCUUGGGACGCAUGGGUAGAUUACAAUGGGCGUACAAAGCAGUUACAGGUAUUUCUUUUAUAUAACCCUUCUGCUAAUCUGUACAAUAUAUCUAAACCCAAAAACCCCAUUUUGAGUUAUCCCAUAGAUCUGCGUGACUAUAUUCCCGAAAAUGUCAAGGUUGGUCUCUCCGCAUCCACCGGAAGAGAAAUAGAAACCCACACAGUCUCAGCUUGGAAUUUUUCUUCUACAUAUUCAUGGGAAAUCUCCUCUGCUCUUCCUCGGAACAGUAUUCAUUCAAGAGCUCCAAAUAGGAGAGAGAAAGCCAUCUGGGUAUUCCUCUUCGGCUGUUUCCUUAGCAUCUGGUGUUUAUUCCUUAUUGUGGGGUGGUGGUAUUUAAAAAAGAGGGAAACGAGGAGGGAUAAUGAAGUUAGGGAAACGAGGAGGGAUAAUGAAGUUCAGGAUGUGGACAGAGAGUUAGACGAACAGUUUUCUCAAGGCCCCCGCAAGUUCUCUUAUGCUCAACUCAGCGCAGCUACCCAUAACUUCAGCGAUGCUGAAAUGUUGGGAGAAGGUGGCUUCGGAGGUGUUUACAGAGGCGUCUUGCCCACAACCAACGAGACCGUGGCUAUAAAGAAAAUAUCCCAAAGAUCGAGGCAGGGUAAAAAGGAGUAUGUUUCUGAGGUUACCAUAAUAGGUAGGCUAAGACACCGUAAUCUUGUGCGGCUCUUGGGAUGGUGCCAUGAACAAGGUGAGUUGCUUCUUGUUUACGAGUUUCUCCCAAAUGGAAGUCUAGAUAAUCACAUUUUCAAUGAAAACAAGAGCUGUUUGAGUUGGGAUCGAAGGUACAACAUUGCUUGUGGAUUAGCUUCUGCUCUUAUUUAUCUUCAUGAGGAGUCAGAUCAGCGCGUUGUGCACAGAGAUGUGAAGGCCAGCAAUGUGUUGCUCGAUUCAAAUUUCAAUCCAAAGCUUGGGGAUUUCGGUCUGGCAAGACUAGUUGAAUCUGAUCGCGUGUCCUCCCAUACGACUGUGAUUGCAGGGACAUGUGGGUAUUUAGCACCAGAGUGCAUGGAAACCGGAAAGGCGAGUCCAGAGUCAGACGUGUAUAGCUUUGGAGCUGUGGCUUUGGAAAUUGCCUGCGGAAGGCGACCCAUUGAUGUUAGCCUAAAAGAACACAAUUGCAGACUGGUGGCCUGGGUUUGGGAUUUGCGUGGGCAGGGGAAGCUUUUGGAGGCCACAGAUAAAAAGCUUGAGGGGGAUUUCGAUAGUGAAGAAAUGGAGCGGCUGCUGCUGGUGGGAUUGCUAUGUUCGCAUCCAGACCCAAAAGCGAGACCGAAGAUGACAGAGGUGUUAAAGAUCAUGAAAUUUGAGUCUUUAUUACCAUAUGUUCCCCUGUGUUUGCCUGUAGCUGUGUAUAGCGACUCUCUUACCUCUAAUUGUAGGUCAUCGUCGUCUGAGAUGCCUUCCCCAUCCAACUGUCUCCCUUCGCAUUGUUCCUCUUCCGCAGUUACUAGAGAGCAAAAUCCAAGUCUUGUGUUAUCUGUUCCAGAACCCUACUGUUCACUUCAAAGUCAUAAAUUUACUGUCUAGAGGACGAUGCAGAUUUUCCUUUGUGUUCUGGUCGUAUGUAACAAGACCAACACGCGAGUGUGGGGUUACGGGUUUUACACUUAUUUUGAUUUGUUUUAUUAAGGUAAUUAUAGUAAUAAAGGGUAAUUAAAUUCUA